UAGUCUCUUUAAGCCUCUCUUCUCAUUGUUUCAGAGAGACCAAGCAAGAAGAAAAAAAUUGAAAGAAAAAAAGAGGAAAAAAAAAAAAAAAAAAAAAAAAAGAUGAUAACGGCAGAAGAUUUCUACAAGGUUAUGUGUGCAAUGGUUCCACUAUACUUCGCCAUGCUGGUGGCUUAUGGGUCGGUGAAAUGGUGCAGCAUCUUCACUCCGGCGCAGUGCUCCGGCAUCAACCGCUUCGUGGCCGUCUUCGCCGUUCCGGUGCUGUCUUUCCAUUUCAUAUCGCAGAACAAUCCUUACCAGAUGGACACCAAGUUCAUUCUCGCUGACACUCUCUCUAAGGUUUUCGUCCUGGUUUUGCUCUCCCUUUGGGUUAUUCUCUUUAAUGGUGGGUUGGAUUGGCUUAUCACUCUCUUCUCUGUGGCUACUUUGCCCAAUACUUUGGUUAUGGGUAUUCCUUUGCUCAAUGCUAUGUAUGGUGAUUUCACUCAGAGCCUCAUGGUGCAAGUUGUUGUCCUUCAAUGCAUCAUAUGGUACACACUUUUGCUAUUCCUGUUCGAAUACAGAGCAGCGGUGGUUCUAAUCCAAAACCAAUUCCCGGGUCUAACCGCAGCCUCUAUUUCCAAAUUCGAACUGGACGACGACGUCAUCUCCCUCGACGGCGGCCGGGACCCGCUCCGAACAGAAUCCGAGAUCGACACCGAUGGUCGUAUCCGAGUCCGAAUCCGACGGUCCACAUCCUCCGUACCGGACUCGGCAAUGUCAUCAUCCAUAGGGCUGACUCCCAGAGCAUCAAACCUCUCCAACGCCGAGAUAUUCUCCGUCAACACGCCGGUCCCACACCACCACCACCACCACCAUGACAUCAUCCACCAUUCCAGCCUGGACAUCGCAUUCGGUCUCGGCGGCGGAAACAACAAUUCCGACUUGACUUAUGGUGGCUACCGCUCCUCCAGCCCUCGGCUCUCCGGCUACGCUUCCUCCGACGCCUACUCUCUCCAGCCGACACCGCGAGCCUCCAACUUCAACGAGCUCGACACCACUUCCGCCACCACCACCGCAAACACGCCGACCUGGGCGCGGUCUCCGGUGACCGGGAAGGUGUUUCGGCAAUCUUCUCCGGCAUUUUCGGGGAUGAAAAUGGUGUGGGAAUCUCCCGGGAAGUGUCACGAAGGUGGUGGAGAGCGACAAGGGAGCAACAAAGAUGUUACAGAAAUUAGCUUUAGAGACAACAGCAAAAUACCAAUGCCAGAGGAAGCUAAUACGAAGGUUGAAGCACAAAGAAUGCCAGAAGCCUUUGUCAUGCUAAAGCUCAUUCUCAAUGUGGUUGGAAGGAAACUUUCUCGCAACCCAAACACAUACUCCAGCGUCCUAGGCCUUCUUUGGUCUCUUAUCUCCUUCAAAUGGAAUAUAGGGAUGCCUAGUUUGGUAAAGUAUUCUAUAAAGAUCAUUUCAGAUGCAGGUCUUGGGAUGGCCAUGUUUAGUUUGGGACUUUUCAUGGCACUUCAACCUCGUAUUAUUGCUUGUGGAACAAAAAGAGCGACUAUGGGGAUGAUGAUUCGCUUUAUUAGUGGACCCAUAAUAAUGUCCGCUGCAUCUAUUGCUAUAGGAUUAAGAGGUGUAAAACUCCGAGCAGCAAUAGUUCAGGCAGCUCUUCCACAAGGAAUAGUCCCUUUCGUCUUUGCAAGAGAAUAUGGGUUACAUCCUGAUAUUUUGAGCACAGGGGUUAUUUUUGGCAUGUUAGUCUCUUUACCUGUAACGCUCUUGUAUUACGUAUUUCUAGGCCUAUGAAUAAAAAAGAGAGAUCAAAAGGUCAAAAAAAGUUUAGUGCUUUUUCAGCAAAGCAUAAAGAGAAUCCAAAGGAUUAUGCUGCCCCUACAUGGAACAAAAACGAAGUUUAGAUAUCAUCACAUGGAAAAAAAAGUACUGAUGUACUUAUUA